AUGGUUGAAGACGCAGUUCCAGUAUGCAUAUAUUGGGAUCGAAGACAUAUCCUUGUACUUUGCUUUUUUCUCCUAAUCAUGGGUUCGUCGAUGUUUCGUAAGGGGGAACUACGUGAGAGAGGUGUCCAUAUUACUCUCAUGAUCCAGGCCGAUAUAGUUGCGUUUCAUGCUCCCCCCGAAACUCCUCAACUGGGUUUCUUGCAACCGUUGGUUGACACAGCUUGUCGCCAACAUUUCAAUCCUGAACUCACAGUUGGGUCCGCUACCGUCUGCUGUAGCGAUCAUCUAGCGCGGUACCGUGGAAAGCCCUUCCGUGAACAAGGAUUCCCCGCAGCUCAAGUCUCCGAACGUACAGGACCAAGUAAGGUACGCGUCAUGGCAGGGGACCUCAGCGACAGACCGGCAUACGACUUGAACCAGGUCCGCUCGAUCUGUAAGGUCCAGGUACGUCUCUUUCCGUUCCGUGCUAGUAGGUCGAUUGAAUGUGAUAUGUUACUCCAUGCUGCUAGUUCCGAUCUCCCUGAAGGUGUGAAUAUACAGGAUCUAGAGGGGCUUGAUUGA